UACGUUUUGGAUUAAAAAAUUAUAAAAAUUAGAUUCUAAAAUGCCUACCGAAAGUGGUACUACCACGGUGGUUCCACCACCACGUACAUCUGAAGACCGUCCAUUACAACUAUCGCGACCACCACGAGAUUUUCACUCAUCACCAGGUGGUCCAAGUGGACCUGGUAAUUCUUCUAAUCCAGUACGAAGUUCAUCUGGAAGUCGAUCUAGCUAUGAGGCUCAAUCAAUAGCAUAUCACCAUCAUUUAGCUGCACUUGGUGCUGGACUAAUUCCACCACCAGGCAGUGCUGGUGGUUCAACCAAUAUGGCGCAUCAUCACCGUGAAUCUUCUGCAUUUGUACCUGUUGUACCGUCUCGUACUUUACAUCCCGUACUAUAUCCUGGGGAAAUGCAUCCAUUAAUGACAUCCGAGUUAAUACGUGAAAGUCGUACAGAUAGACAAACGGAAAAAAUCGAUGAAAGGAAUAGUCAAUCGUCGGCUGUUAACUAUUCAAAUGUACGGAAAUCAUCGUCCUCAAGUUUUGAAAUUAUGGCUAUGAUGGCUGAUAAACGAAAAGAGUUGGCUUUACGUGAAGAAGCUGCAUGUGUUGCAGCUGCACGAGCUGCAGCCGCUGCAAUGCUUUUACCACAUCAUAGAGGUCCCGCAGGACCUCCUCCACCAAAUUUAUUGGAAACGGGAUCUGCGUCUGGUGGAUCGGCUCCAUAUCCUGGUGCAUUUAUGGCUGGUGCCGGACCAACUGCAACAAAUCCAUCAGCGUUUCCAUUUCCAGGAACAUCAGCUUUAUUUCCACCUAGUCCUAAUGUACAAAUGCAUCCACAUUUAGAUCGUCGAUUAUUACGUGCGCCAGGUCGUGCUUCAAGACCGAAAAAACAGUUUAUCUGUAAAUUUUGUAAUCGACAAUUUACAAAAUCAUAUAAUUUAUUAAUACAUGAACGUACUCAUACGGAUGAAAGGCCAUAUUCUUGUGAUAUUUGUGGAAAAGCUUUUCGACGACAGGAUCAUUUACGAGACCAUAGGUACAUUCAUUCCAAAGAGAAGCCCUUCAAAUGUACAGAAUGUGGCAAAGGUUUUUGUCAAUCACGCACAUUAGCAGUUCACAAAAUAUUACAUAUGGAAGAAUCGCCACAUAAAUGUCCAGUAUGUGCUCGCAGCUUUAAUCAACGCUCCAAUUUGAAAACACAUUUAUUAACGCAUACAGAUCACAAACCAUACGAAUGUAAUUCAUGCGGGAAAGUUUUCCGACGAAAUUGUGAUUUACGACGACAUGCAUUAACACAUGCUGUAGGAGAUGUUCCACCGGAAGUUUUAGCCGCUGAAGGUAUACAAAUUGGAGGAGGUCCAAAUAAUUCAGAUAUUAAUUCACCAUCUUCGUCGCCACCAUCACAAGAAAUACCUCCUCCACCUCCUGCAACUUCGACGUUAAAACGUCCAAGGACACCUUCUUUAGAACGAAGGAAUGAACCGCCUCAACCGGUGGUGAUUUCUCAACAUCAUUCUCGGGAACCACAUAGAGAAGUACAACAUACAGUAAUACGACAUAAUUCCCCAACACCAGAACGUACUCAAUGCCAUCACCCAGAGAAUUUACCCACGCCAUAUACAAUGCGACCGCAACAUCAUCCAAAUGAAAAUUCGCAACCUCAUCAUCCACAAUUACAAAUACGGCGAGAUUUACAUCCCCCGGUUAAAUCCUCAACAAUUACAACCAAUUUGCUAGAGCCAAAUAGUUUUAUGGGUGGCUUCCGACGAACGCGUAUCCCAGAACCACCAGACAUUCGAGUAUCAGAUCGAAAAACGCCCCAACCGUCGAUUAGUAACCAUACAAUAAUACAAAGAAAUCAUAUACAUGCGCAAAUAAUGCAUUCGCCACAUAUAGUCCCUUCAUCCGCAACGAGUGGUAUUUUAAAACCACCGGACCAUAUGGCCGGACCAAGUUGUGAUAAGUUAAGUGUACCAGGUCCAUCAUCAAACAAUUGUGUUCCAAGUGAUUUAUCAAUGUCGAAAAAGGAUUCCUUAAAUCCACCGGCACCUGUCCCUGUUCCUAAACCUCCACCUCCGAAAAAGACUGGCUUCAGUAUUGAAGAUAUUAUGAGGAGGUAAAAAUAAAUCAAUUUUUGUGUGGGUGAUUGUUGUAUAACAGUUUAAAAAACAACCAGUGAUUGAAUUGUGUCCGAAAAUCUGUUAAUUUAUUAAACUUUGAACAAUUUUC